CACCGCCCUCCUCGCGCCUGAAAUCAGCGCGAGCUUCCGUACCCCUCCUUCAACCGCAGUCCAGGAAUUGAACCGCUAACAGCGCUAUGUUGUCGCGGUCCAGAUGUGCAUACCAGGCGCUUGGUCGUUCUCUGUCUGCGGUGAGCCAGGCCAAUAAUGUGCUGGUCCGACAAAGUGUAUCAGGGCCCUCCGUCUGCAGCUGGCUAGUUUACAGGAAUUCUCAACCAUGUGAAUUUCCAUCAUCAGCACACUGCUUCCACAUCAGAUAUUUCAAGACAUCUGCUGUUCACAGGGAUGAGGUAGUCACAGUGAAAACUCCUGCAUUCGCAGAGUCUGUUUCAGAGGGGGAUGUGAGGUGGGAGAAAGCUGUGGGCGACUCGGUGACUGAAGAUGAAGUGGUGUGUGAAAUUGAGACUGACAAGACCUCUGUGCAAGUCCCCGCUCCAGCAUCUGGUGUCAUUGAGGAGCUGCUGGUACCUGAUGGAGGGAGGGUAGAAGGAGGGACACCGCUCUUCAAACUCCGGAAAGGAGUUGUUGCUGCCAAAGCUGCCCCCUCCCCAGCUGCAGAGGCACCAGCUGCUGCAGCACCUCCACCUCCACCACCACCACCACCACCUUCGGUUUCAGCCCCCACUGCCAUGCCUCCAGUGUCACCACAGGCUGCCCCGGCCAGACCUGUUUCUGCUGUCAGGCCAAGUGCUGCACCUCCUGCACCAGCUCCUCCUACAGCAGGAGCCCGAGGAGAAAGCAGGGUGAAGAUGAACCGCAUGAGGUUGAGGAUCGCCCAGAGACUAAAGGAGGCUCAGGACACCUGUGCUAUGUUGACCACCUUCAACGAGGUGGACAUGAGUAACAUUCAGCAGAUGAGGACCGCUUAUAAGGAUGCUUUCUUGAAGAAGCACGUCGUCAAACUGGGUUUCAUGUCUGCGUUUGUAAAAGCUGCAGCCCACGCUCUGAUGGACCAACCUGCUGUCAAUGCUGUCAUUGAUGAUACAACCAAAGAGAUCGUCUACAGAGAGUAUGUCGACAUUAGUGUUGCAGUGGCAACUCCAAAGGGGCUUGUUGUACCAGUGAUCCGUAAUGUGGAGACCAUGAACUUCACUGACAUUGAAAAAGCCAUAAAUGCAUUGGGAGAAAAGGCUCGUAAAAAUGAGCUUGCUGUCGAGGAUAUGGAUGGAGGCACUUUCACCAUCAGUAAUGGUGGUGUGUUCGGCUCCAUGUUUGGCACACCCAUCAUCAACCCCCCUCAAUCUGCCAUCCUGGGCAUGCACGGCAUCUUCGACCGACCUGUGGCUAUCAAUGGACAGGUUGAGAUCCGGCCCAUGAUGUAUGUGGCUCUGACAUACGACCAUCGACUCGUGGAUGGCAGAGAAGCUGUCACUUUCUUACGCAAGAUCAAAGCUGUGGUGGAAGAUCCACGAGUGCUGCUUCUGGACAUGUGAUGUUUCUACCCACAAAGUUAUUCAAAGAUAUCUCAGCUACACAAAGUGAACUCCACGUCAUUUAGAAAUACGCACAAGUCGCACAAAACUGCUUACAUGUCCUCUUUUUAUCUUUCAAACUGACCAGUCAGACUGCAUUGGAGCUCAGAUAUGAUGCAUUAUCUCUAGAGUCACUCCCCAGGAAUAUGCUUAAAUAGGCCAUGGCCAAAUGAAAGGAAAAUGGAUAAUUUCCUAUCUUCUGUGGUUAAUUUGAGAUACUUGAAUUUAGCAAAGAGAUUUGCAUUUACAUUAAACAUCUAAGAGAUAAAACUGACUGGUAUCCAAAGGCUUAAAGAAACUCAAAAGGGUAUGUUAUUUCAGCUGGACGUAUGAAACACUUGUUAAGUAAUCUCUCCAUCCUCAAACCAGUUGUAUAAUCAUGAAACAAAAUGCUUUUCCAGGCAAAAGUUGGCUGCACGAUUUUUCCCCCUUUCUCAUUACUUGGUGCUUCUGAGCCAAUUUUUUUCAGAGCAGCUCAAGCAAAUUAGUUCAAGAUGUUUUUAAUGUCAACACAGGAUUCAAAGGAUUCCUUGGUUCACUGUUAGUCCUUGUUACUAGAAAUAGUCUGACUCCAAGACCUGUCUGACUAGUUCAGUUAUGUUCCUGCUUCACUGCUGUCUUUUUUAAUCUUGUUUGAAGCCAUCUCCAGAGCUUCUCUGUCAAACAAACUGUGGCAAACUUUUAUUAAAACAGACACAAGAAUUCACUUUGGCUGAAACUGUAAAGAAAAACAAAAACGGACUGACAUUUUAUUUUAUUUCCUGGACUAUAAUCAGUAUGUUGUUCCUUUAUGACAGUGUGUUGGGCGGAGUGUUCAAAAACGCACAAUUCUGCUGCUGGUCUUUAUGUUGAGCUCUGAGGCUGGAGAAUAUUUUCUUGUGCUGUCCUAUAUAUAUAAAAUACUUGUACCUAUUUAAAAAGCCAAUUUUAAACAUUAAACAUCUGAAGACUUUUAUUUACCACAA